GUGAGAGACGCCUCAUAACAUCCGUCUAUCCACCCGUCAAAACAUCCACUCAUAACUAUUCAUCCAUCCAUCCAUCCAGAGAGGACGGGUGCGGGACAUGGAGGAAACGGGAGCGGCGUCCGACAGCGUGGUGCUGGAAUUUAAAGAGGACACGGCGCUGACGGAGAAGAUGCGUCUGCGUGUUUCGUCGCUUCAGUGCUCGGGCCAAAAGCGUCAAGAUGGCGAGCGACUGCUGCUGCCCCACGAGGCCGUCUACCGGCUAGACUUCCGGCGGCAGGACCUGAGCUUCCGUCGCUGGAACGUAUCUCUGGGCGGGCACGGGCGCGUCACCAUCACGGGCAUCUCGCAGCACUGGACGCCCGACCUCACCCAUCUGAUGACGCGCCAGCUCCUGGAGCCCGUCGGCACCUUCUGGCGCAACGCCGACGACCCCGACGGCUGCGGCCUCAAGUGGUUGGAGGCCGACAUGCAGGAGUUCGGCGAGAGGAUCGCCGAGCUGGCCAAGGUCCGCAAGGUCAUGUACUUCCUGUUUGCCUUCAAAGACGGCGCCGAGGCGGCCAAGUUACGAUGCUCGCUGGCUUUUUCCUCACAGGAAUGAAUCUCGCGGAACGCAGUCCAAUGGAAACAAACACUUGUCUCGUAGAAUUGUUGGUUUGUGUAUAGAAAGCUAGAAAUAAAUCUUUGUCUAU